UUUUCGUUCUUAAUUACGCCAAUUACAUUUUUAUGUUACAAUUAGGUUUAUGUUUUAAUUAUUAUAUCUUCCAUUUGUGUGAAUUAAUAUUGAUUAUGAUUGUGAUUUCGGGCUGCCAUUGAUGUAUUAUACUUUCUACUUAUUUUGAUGCUUGAUACUAUGUACAUUGUUUAGAAACUUAGCUCCACUUUAGAAAUAUGUAUGUUUUUGCCUGAUUAAAGUGUAAUGUUUAGUGUUCUGUGUGUGCCAAGGGAAAUAAAGAGUUCCGGUAACAUAGCCUUUUAAGGACGACUUCUUAGGUCAAUGUGUUUCGUUCAAACUUGGUUUCGAACCACAUUUCUUUUUUGUGCAUCUAAAUUGUUCUGUCCCUUGUAUUAAUGAGGAUGGUUUAGACAUCUUUUCAAGGAAAUAAAGAACAUAGAAUUCACUUAUCUUGGUGUAUAUGUAAAAGAGCCUUGUACAUUUUAGAUUGAUCACAUUGACCAUUUUGGUUUGGGAAAUUCUUCAUAUUUGCGUUUCUCAUGCGCGUAGAAAAUUGAUACAAAGAAUAUCAUAUAUGAAGUGAUUAGAUCGGUCACAUAAACCAUUUCGGUUUUGGAAAUUUGUGUUAGUUGUGUAUAACAUACGCGAGAUAGAUGAUUUAAUAUUCUCUUGCUGAUCUACAUCAGUCUAGUUAGACUUAAAUUUCAUUUUAUAGAAAAUGAUGUAUGCUAUUGCUGAUAGAAUGCAUAGUAUUCAUAUUAUGAAGUAUCUUUUGGUAAAGAGUUAAUCAUUUUAUGUUAGUAUAAUAAGUUUGUCACUAUGACGGCUGUGAAUGCUUAUGAAUUGUAUGAAAAUGAAAUCAUUAAAAUUUGAAAGGGUGUGGGUUGAUUUAUUGAAGACUGAUUUAAUAUGAUGUUGCAAGGAGGAAUUGGGUUAGAUAGAGAAAAGAGAGAGAGGAAGGCUGCAACAUUCUCAUUGCCUUGCAGAAUACUAUGUGUGCUGCAUUUGUAUAACUGUCAAAUGGAAUAAGACAAACUCUCAUUAUUACACUGAUUACUAAAUAACAGAAACAAAGAGGAAUAACAACUCAACAUUAAUCAUCUAAGACAGGAGAAGCAAAAGUAUGAAAAUGACACUAGUGUCUCUUAAUAUCCCCUUGAAGCUGAGAGUGAGGAAAUUGAACUCCCAACUUGAGUAGUAGAUCAUUUUGUUGUUGCACAGGUAGUAUCCUUAGAGGGAACGUGUUGAGGGAUUAGAGUUUCAGAUUUUACCAUGUCUCGAACGUAGUGACAAUCUCUCUCAACAUGAGGACGAGAUUUGUUGCAAUGGCUAAGGCAACUUGUUUAUCACAUUUCAGUAGCAUUGGAGUUGGGUGAGCUAUACCCAUGUGUCUUUGAGAAGAGUGUGCAACCAUGUCACUUCACAAGCAGUCAAGGCUAUUUCCCUGUAUUCUGCUUCAGUAGAGCUUCUAUCAAAAACUGAUUGUUUCUUGGCUUUCCAGGAUAUAAGCGAGUCACCUAAGAGAAUACAGUACCCUGCAGUUGACCUUCUAGUUCUAGGACUUUUUAGGUGAGUUUUUGAGGAGGAAGCCAAGAGAAUACCAUAGAUAAAUGUGCUAGCCAGACAUCUUAGUAGUCUCAUAGCUGCUUACAUAUGAGCAGUGGUAGGACAGUGCAUGAAUUGGUUUAGCAAUUGGACUGAAAAAGAAAUAUCAUGCCUUGUGAUUGUGAGAUAUAUGAGUUUGCCUAGAAAUUGCUGAUAAAGAACGAGAUUUGGCAAAAGAUCACUUUUAUCAAGUGCAAGCUUGAUGUGGGUGUCCAUUGGCAACUUCAGGGGUUUCACAUCAAGCAUGCCAUAGUCUUUCAGGAGAUCAAUGGUGUAUUUCCUUUGUGAAACAAAUAUUCCAUCAAACUUUUUGUCGAUUUCAAGACCUAGAAAGUACCUUAGAGGACCUAGGUCUUUCAUCUUGAAUUGAGAGGAUAACAACUGAUUCAAUUUCUUGAUUUCCAUGUCACAUGUGCCUAUUCCGUAAUCUAUUCCAUAUUGUUGGUCACAACCUAGAACUACCACUCAGGCCAUAUGUCUCUCAAUGUCUGCUUUGUCUUGUAAAUCCACUUGUCUUUCUUUUGUUUAGGAACAACAUAAUAUUUUAUCCAACUAGGUGGGUUGGAUGGUCUGGAGUUGUGUCCCAUUGUUGUUGUUUGGAUGUGUGAAAGGUAGAAUCAAGUAAAGGGAUAGGAUGAGAAGUAAGAAUAGGAUCAGUUGUAUUUUGUGUGGCAUUGGUCAUGAUAGGCUCUAUUUCAGUUUCGGGAUCAAAGAGAUCAUCAAAGGAGAAAGGAGAUGGAUUUUUUGUGUUAGGAAGGGAAAUAGGUAAAGGGUGCAUGUAGUGUUUUAUAUGCCGCAUUUGAAAGAGGAAUAUGCUUUCAUGAAAGACAACAUGUCUAGAUACAAAGUGUCAUAUCUAUUAGUUUAGGAGCCUGUAUCCUUUAUGAGUUGCAUGAUAUCCCACGAACACACAGGGGACUCCUCUAAGUUUAAACUUCUGAUGAUGCAGGAUAGGAUUGGUAGCAAAAGCAAGACAACCAAAGACCUUCAAAUGCCUAUAUUCAGGAACUGAUUUAAAUAACUUUCAAAAGGAGUUUUGUUGUUUAAAAAAGGAGAGGGAAGCCUAUUAAUAAUGUGUACAACAAUCAUGACACACACCCCAAUAUUUCAACCAAUCCAGCCUGAAAUCUCAAAGCCCUUGCAUUCUUUAGGAUGUGUCUGUGUUUCUUUUCCACUCUUGCAUUGUGGUCGGUCAACACAAGAAGUCUAAUGUAUGAUUGCCAGUUUAACGAAGAAUUGUUGUCAAUAUCCAUCAUGAAAUUCUAAAGCAUUUUCUGACCUUAGGAACUUUAUUUUACUGCUGAAAUGCUGAAAUGAGUCUGAGCAUAGUUGUAGAAAGUUUCCAAGGUUUUCAAUGAUUCUGAUUUCUGUUGUAACAAGUAAAUCUAUGUGCUUCUUGAGUAGUCAUCUACAAUUGUGAGAAAAUACCUGUAGUUUCCCCUUGUAUAUUCUCUAAAUGGUCCCCAGAUAUCCAUUUGUAUGAGUCAAAAGGAGUGGAAGCAUGAGAUUCGUUGAUAGUGUAAGGAAGCUUGGUUUGUUUUGCUAGAGACAGGUCACCCCAUGAAAUUGAAACACGACCGUUAUGUUGUCACAGAUAUUGGAUUUGUGGUUCCGCAAAACUCCGUUACAUUACGGUGGGAUAAUAAUCAUACCUUUCUCCCCGCGUCAUCCAUUACGUUACGGAGCUAUUAGUAACACAGGAAUUCAGGUACAUGGGAGCGUUUCAACUUACAGCAGGACAGAAAAUUUCAGUAACAAUGACAGCAAGUUAGGAGUGCCUAAUCUUAGUGUUGAAACACAAAAAAUGAAGAGGAGCAAAAAGGUUGGGGGAUACAAUUUGAGGAAAAGCUUGGCUUGGGACAGGGCUUUUUUCACCGAAGAAGGUGUCCUUGAUGAUACAGAGCUAUCUUUGAUUGGCGGAACCAUAGGUGACAGAGAUGGUCUUUCUGUCAUAGAUGAACAAGGAAGAGACUCAUUGCCUGUGAACUCUGGUUCAGCUAAUCUAGAAACUAUUGAAGAAAAUCUGUUCAAAGAAUUGCCAUCUGGUUACCCCAAUAAAAGAAAUGCUACCUGUAAGUCAAGUAUGAAACGGGAUUCCAUAAGUGGCGGUUGUCUAGCUCCAGUCUCCAAAUCCGCACGAAAGGUUCCCCCUUCUGCCCACGGUCUUAAGAAGGCUGUAUGUAAAGGAGAAGUUUGUUCUUCUCCAGUGGCUUCUGUUUCUCAGAAGAGGCUUUCAAUAACAGGAACUAAACAAAUUUCAACAAGAAACUCAAAAAUCCCUAAAGUUCCGGUUUCAAAUAAGAACCCCUCUGUGCCUUCUGUUACAACUAUGCAUGGUGCAAGUGCAGCUAGUGGACAGAGAUUUAAGGGUACUGGGAUUCCUCAACCAGCACGAAAAAGCCUAAGCUCAAAAUUAUCAUCAAAAACCAAUCAUGCUUCCGAUGCUGCAAAACCAAGGGUUGAGUCAGUACCUAAAUCUAACAAGUCUUCUACUGAUUUGGGAAACGUGGCUAACUCAGCUUUGCAGAGGCAUUCACUGAUGAGCCACAGAGAUCUAAACACCACCAAAGGGAGCAAAUUUUCAGAAAACAGUUCAAGUCAGGGUCGUUUGAGUGAUGGGGCAGAUGUCAUGUCCAUUAAUGAGACACGCAGCACUAAAGCCUUAUCCCAUGUUCACUUUGAUAAUGCUGGUCUUAACAGGAAUAUUGUUCAAGGUCAAGGAUUAAAACUAUCAGGUUUACGGAUGCCGUCACCAUCCUUUAGAUUCUUUAGUGAGACCAAGACACCUGUUUCAAAUACUGUAUCACAGGUUACUUGUAUGCAACCUGACCUCCUCAAGCCUAGUAUCUCAACUUCAAGGAAUUCUGAAGUUGCAGAUCAUAACCAGGAUUUAAAGCCUAUACAACUAUUACAUGGGGCCCUAAAUGUCGAUGUAAAGGGACACAAAGGGUUGUGCUCACAGAAGACAGAGGAAUGCUCAACCUCAUCAAGUGUUACCCCUAAAGUACAUUCGAACAAGAUACAAGAAAAAUGCAAUCAGCAGGCAUUUGAAGUCCGAGUUCCAGUAGAAGACAUGAAUCCUGAAGCAACAAAGAACACAAAAUUUAGACAUGAUAAUCUUGAUAGAUUUGAAAAUCAAUCUCAAGAUCAGGUCCCAGUUUCUUUGAAGGUUGAAGAAAAGGAUUGUAAGGAUAACAAAUUAAUAUGCUCUGAUGUAGAACUUGAGGAACCUAGCUACAAAGCCAGUAUUCUCUUCCCAGAAUACAUAACUGCUAAACGAAGUAUGUUGGAUGAAUCCUGUGAGUCAAAUGCAGAAGUUCAAUCAGAACAUUUUGAAGAGGUGGAAUAUAACUUAACAGUCAUGAAUAAUGAUGCUAUACUUGAACUACAAACUAAAUCAAGUAGCCCUCGCAACAAUUUGAUGUUGGCCCCUGAUUGCAUCCCAUCAAGCAGCAUUAUUGACAAUAAUAGAACUUCUGGUGAAAGCAAUAGCUGUGGUGUAGAACUUGAGGAACCUAGCUACACAGCCAGUAUUCUCUUCCCAGAAUACAUAACUGCUAAUCGAAGUAUGUUGGAUGAAUCCUGUGAGUCAAAUGCAGAAGUUCAAUCAGAACAUUUUGAAGAGGUGGAAUAUAACUUAACAGUCAUGGAUAAUGAUGCUAUACUUGAGUUACAAACUAAAUCAAGUAGCCCUCGCAACAAUUUGAUGUUUGCCCCUGAUUGCAUCCCAUCAAGCAGCAUUAUUGACGAUAAUAGAACUUCUGGUGAAAGCAAUAGCUGUGGUGUAGAUCAGAACAACAGUCAAAGAAGCAUGAAGGAGCAGGUUGAUGAAAUAAAUUUUGUUGCCAACGGAAAGUCUUUAAGAAAAUGUGAUGUGGAUGACUCUGCUGUUCCAGUUUGCACAAAUGGUGUCAUGGCUGGUCAGGAUACAAUUUACAGUGAUGGGGUAACAGGAAGCUGCAGUGCAAAUUGCAGUGUAGCAGGUGGGUCAAAAUACAAGCUUACAGACUGUGAACAAGAUGAAGUAAUAUUUGAUAAAAUGUUGUCAACCAUGAAGCUCAGUGAAAGUUCAGAAGUUCAAGACAAAGCUAUUGAGGAUGGUGAUAUGCAGCAAAGAAACUCCACAAACUCCAUUCAUGAUACCAAAGACAGUUUUUCUGUUAACUUGGACGUGUUGAAGAUGUCUAGUCAUUGUGCUUCAUCUUUACCAGAAUUGUUGAAUGGAGUUCCUGUUGAUCAUUUGUACAAUUCGAAUCUAGGUGAAGGACAAUCCCAGUUCGUCAGACAUAAAAUAUCUGGUAACUGUGCUUCUGUUCUUGGUGCUUCAACAGCCUAUAAUCAAUGCACAGAAAUUACUAAAAACACAAGCUCUGUAGCUGACAAGCAGCAGGUCUCGAAUAAUAUAUUGCUUGUCAAGGAAAUGAUGCUCCAGAGUAAUGAGGCAGAUUCGCAUUACAGUAUAUUGCCACUGGACAGUUCUUUCACAAUAAGUCAUGUGAACAACAGCACGGAGGAAGUUAAGGAACAAAUUGAUUUGCAUAGCUGUCUCUCCAAUGAUGGCGAUGAUUCUACUCUUCAAACUACUCAUCGAGGAUUUCAAACAUCUGUGAUGAGAAGCAAGGAUCAGGUUGCAAUUUCUGUAACCAUUCCUGUUCCAGAAGAAUCUUUAUGUCCGGUUAAUAAACAUGAAAUAUCACCUAAAGCUGUUUUGAUGAGAGAAACUCUUGAAGAGUGCAUUGAACCUGGAGAACCUGGGUGCCAUCUCUCACCAAGAGAAGCUAGGAUGAAAGUUUCCCAAUAUGUUGAUAGUUUGAUUGAUGAAAGUGCAUACAAUAAUAUAGAUGCCGAGGAUGCAGAGAGGACAGAUGAUAAAAAAAUGACGAGACCACCACCAAAUGUUGUUCCAUUCUCAGAUGAGUGGCUUGCUGCUAUUGAAUCUGCUGGAGAGGAAAUUUUGACGUUGAAGACUGGUGCUGUAAAACAUUCACCUCCAGACAAGUCAGUACAUGAACCUAGUCCAUGGUCUCCGGUGAAACGGACGAUUGGACCUUUCGACUGCACUAAGUACACAAACACUCAACCUGAUAACAUCAAUUAGGAUUUGUUUGUGGGCUUAAAUCUUUGUUGUUAAUUCGCCCUCUUUGAAAACUAAGAAUGUACAAUGUGCUAAGUACUUUUCUACUCCACGUUUAAAAUAGUUGACUUUCUUUGACACUACAUUCCCUCACAAUAUUUAGUCGAUUCCAGUGUCUCCGGAUUAUUGGAUUACA